AUGGGUUGGUUUGGCUAUGGCGGCAGUUCAAACGAUUCUCCAUCGUCUUCCGUUAACACACCAUCAGAAACGAUGGAUUUGAGCGCUGGGAUGAAUUUUUCGGUCCCCGGCUUUGAUUCGGUAAAAGAGAAUCGUUUUUUAUGUCUCAAAUCCAAUUUUAAUUGAAGAGUACCCCAGCGAGCAGUGCUCCAAUGGAUCAUUCUCCAUUCCCAGCGGCGCCGGUCUUGGCUUUGGACCAAAUAAAAAGCAUUGGGGUUCCGGUCAGCCGGCAAAUGAAUCCCUAUGUUCAGGUUCGAUUCAAAACCCUUUUACCAAUCAGAAAAAAUUAUUUUAGAUGGAUCCAUCAAUGUUCGUCUCACAGACUCCUCAAUAUAUCAUGCCAGAAGGAGGAGUUACUGGAAAAGGCAAAUUCGAAUUUGCUUUGGGGCAUAUUGGGCAAGUUUUAUUUAAGAAUUCGUGUUGAUUUUAGAAAUUUCAAGGUUUUUUUUGUUAGUUCACCUUGAAAAGCGUGCAUUUUUGAAUAGCUCUAUGGAGUCAUGAACAUUUUUUUUUUCGUAAAAGUUGGAAAAUUUGAGUUUCUUAAUAGUCGCGCUGUAAUAACACUUUCAUGAUCAAAACUUGAAAAAAAUUUGAUUUUGAAAAAUUGAAAUUAUUAUUUUCCUUAAAUGUUCAAGCAUUGCAAUACAUUUUAACGUUUGAAAAAAAUAGAAUUUUAUUGAAAAAAAUUUAAUUUUUUUGCCUUGAACCAAGUUUCGCAAGUUUAUUCAACAAAAAGCAAAUUUUUUUGAUUUUUUUCACUAAUUUUCGCUUUUAAUACUGUUUUAUUUUUGAUCCUCAAGUUUGAUUUUGAAUGAAAAUUCGCACUCUUCGAAUGAAAUAUGCUCAAGAUUCACAAAGGUUAAACUUUUUUCAAAACGGCAAAAUAUUUUUCCCCAGUUUUUAUUAGGGAUUUUCAAAAGAGAUUCUCGAGUUUUUCGGUUCAAAUGAUUUUUGCAGCUUGUAAAAGACAAAAAAAUAAGCAUAUAGAAAAAAAUUUUUCUCAAUUUUUUUGAAGAGUUUGAUUGCCAAUUUCGGGUAUUUAUAACAUUUUGAAGCUAUUUCACCGCGACAAAAAUGAAAUUUAAAGCCGUAAUAUUGAUUUUUGAAGGUCGUAGUAUCGAAGUUUUAGGCCGUAAUAUUGAUUUUAGAAGCGUUUUAUCCGGAAUUUUGAAUAAGAGAUUUUUGCAGCUUGCAAAGGUCUGAGCUAAAGCUAUAAAUAAUGAUUUUUCGAUUUUUGAAAAGUUGGAUUAUCGAAAUUUUUCAAAUUAUUUAAUUUUGAGUCUGUUUCUCCAGGAAAAAAGUCAAAAUUAGGGUUAUAAUUUUUUUCUUUUCCAGUUGGGCGGUCGGUAGCGCUUUCGGUGUCGGCUGCGCUCGUGGCUCCACGGCCGAAUUGUUCAAUCCUGAAACCCGGAAACUUGUAAUUAACAACCACUUUAUCGAUUUUAUUCAAAUAAAUUAAAUUAACAGGUCGGGAAACCGUGGAUGACGCGUAUGGUCAACGCCACGAUGAAACACGGAUCGGGUUACGCUCAGCCCGCAGGUAAAUUACCUGAAAAAUCUAGGAAUAUUGUUUAAAAAGCUUUUUUUCCGCAAAAAAUCCUAUCGAAAAAGUGAUAGUUUUAUUGAAUUUUCCAUAAUUUUAUAAUAGGAUCUCGACUGUUGAAACUCAAAUUUCAUUUAUAAAUCGUUGAAAAGGCGAAAAAAUGACUAAAAUGUCACAUUUUGGUUACUGGAACAUGUUGAUAAUUCAAGAAACGGCUAGGAUUUUUCGAAAAUUCUCAAAUUUAUUGAUUUUCUGGUGAAAAUUGAGGCUUUUCCCUUAAAAAUCAGUUUUUUGACAGUUCAAAAAUGAUCCAGGAGUUGAAAGAUGUUCAAAUAAUGAUUUUCUAACGUCUGAAGCUUACGGAAUCGAUCGAUAAUUGUGAAACUGGGGAACUUUUAACAAUUUUAUGAUCUUUUUUCUAUAUAAAUUUGAAAAAAAUUUUUUUUUUCGUUUUUUUAUCGUUUAAAAGUUAUAGAACCAAGCGAGAAAUUUGAAAUUUUAAAAAUUGAAAGAAAAAAAGGACAUUUCCCCCUCAGGAGCCGUCGUGUUCAUGUACUCGGCACUGGAAAUCGGCCUCCGACAAAUUCGAGCCGAAGACGAAUUGAACUCUUUUGGAGCUGGAGCACUUACGGGAGCACUUUAUCGCAGUCCCCAUGGCCUGAAAGCCAGUGGAGUUGGUAAGAACUAGAGAUUUUCCGGUGGUAUGAAAAAAACACCAGCGAAAUUUCGAACGGCGACUUUUCCGAUUUUUUCAUAUUGCCAGGGAACUUUCCGGCGGCCACCUUUCCGCCGAAUCUUUUUCCGACUUUUUCUCUUAUAUUUUCCGGUUAAUAAGACAUCUAUUUAAAUUUUUUUUUCCUAUUUCUUUGUGUUUUUCAUCAUGAACCAACUACCUACUUCAUAUAGGAAGAUUUAAAACGAAGAUUUUAUCGAGAAAAAAAGGUCGGAAAGGUGGACGUCGGAAAGUUCCCUAGCGAUAUGGAAAAAAAUCGGAAAGUCGACGUUUGAAUUUUUUUGCUGGUAUUUUUUUCAUACCACCAAACUUUCACGACGUUUUUUUAAUACGUCCGUUUCGUGAAUUAUGGUUUCUUCCGUGUAAACCCACCGGGACGUUUAUCGCAUACUCCAAACUUUUUUUUAAAUUUUAAAUUUUGGAAUUUUAAGCUAAUGAAAUCAUCCCUAUUUGAAGAAUAUGAUGUUGAAAAAAGCCUUGGAAAAUUCGAAAAAGCUGUGUGUAAAUUUUUUUUUCGUAAAAAAAAUGUUCUUUUUUCUAUACCAAUUUUCGUUCCGAAGCCCUUUUUUUAAAAAGUUUACCGUUUUUUUCCAACUAAUUUUCGUUUUUUUCCACCGUUUUUUUCCAACUAAUUUCCGAAAAAAACAUAAGGGAUAAAAAGUCGGAAAAAAAGUUUCAUCGGAAAGUUUCCUAGCGAUAUGAAAAAAAGUCGGAAAAAGUCGCCGUUUGAAUUUUUCGCUGAUGUUUUUUUCAUACCACCGAUAACAUUUACAAAAAAAUGAGGAGGGGUAAUGAAUUUUAAGCUUAAUUUUCGAUCGAAACUUUUUUUCCAUGCUGAAAUUGAAUCACGUUUUUUUCCAAUAAUGUUUCCAUAAAGUGGGAAAUUAUUCUGUUAAAAAAAUUUCAGUCUUUUUGAAUUAUUCGCAACUGUUCUUGAUUCAUGAUUUUGUCGAAUUUGUCGAUUUUUGAACAUUUCAAGGCGAUUUUCUACCGUAGUGACUCGCGCUGCGGACGCGGCGCGGUUUUUGGCGGGAAAAUAGAAAUUCAAACGCGAAAUUUUCUGUUUACAACAGUUUUCGAUCAUUUUUAGUUUUUUAUGGUAUUGAGCCUUCAGUUGGAAGUAUAAAAAAUGAUUUCCUCGUUUUUGAAUUUUCAUUUCGCGCCGAAAACCGCGUCGCGACCGCAACGCAAGACUUCGUACGCCUAUUUCCUUGAAAGUCACUAAAAAUUACUGUAAAAUGAAUUCAAAAAUUAAAAAUAACUAUGGUUUUUUUCCCAGGAGCUCUCGUUGGUUUGGCGAUUUCCACGGCUUGGGUCCUUGCCAGCUCCGAUUCCAGGCAAAGACUUCACGAAAUGUUCUCCUAA